AAGCUACGCUUGUUUUACAGGAUCAGGUUGAACGCAGGGGCGGUUCGAGUAGAGUUCUUAGCUAGCAAGGAUGUUUUUACUGCUUCUUAGAUAGUUGUAGUACUUGAGCUGCCCCUUUGUGGCAAGGAAUUAGAAGAACUCUUGAUUGUCUGAAUUGUAAAGCAUUAUUUGACCAUUAGAAACCAAAAAUGGCGAACCGGAUUUACGGGGAGAUCGGGUCGGUGCACAGCAUCGGGAACCCAAUGUACUUGCUGAGCAACAUUGUGCGACCCAAGAUCCUGGAAGACAACUUUUGGAAGGAGUUUUGCUUUGGCCUGAACGCCGCGGACAUAUGCGACGUGUGCAUCGACCACGUCCGCAGCGUCGGCGCGACCUACGGGGGGCGGAGGAGACCUAGUAAAUAAGACUUUUUUAAAAACAGAAUGAAGAUUGAUGAGCAGAGUUGUUUUGAUUGGUGCGGCGCGACCAUGACCCUUGUUCAUAGGGAUAAAUUCACCAGUGCGUAGUUUCCCAACUUGACAUUCAAAUCUGUAAAAUUUUCCGUGCAGGUAAGUUCCUCUGCCUUCUGUUGAAGAUGCUGCAAAUCCAGCCGGACGUGGAGAUUAUCAAGGCCUACAUUCAGCAGAAGGAGUUCCGCUAUUUGCGGUGCCUCGGCGCCACGUACUUACGGAUGACCGGGGACCCGGAAACAAUUUACGAGCAGCUGGAACCCUGGUUCUCCGACAACCGACGGAUAUGUCGAAGGAACUUGGACGGGAGCAUUACCAUUUCCCACAUGGACACCUUUUUGCAUGAGUUGCUGUGGGAGCGGCAUUUGCUGGAAGACGUCGCGUUCUACGAGCUCCCCAGCCGGGUCAAAAUGGAAGAAUUGGACCGGUUGGAGCCCUACGAGUCGCCGCUGGUAUAGGGUUCUGCAUUGCAGCUGCUUCAUGUGCAUCAUGCGCUUUACAAACCUUAGUCUUGUGUUGAAACGGAAGGAAUGAAUUUGCAAUGCUGAUUUGCCUAAGAAACGAGUAAUCUGUCAUUCAGAAAAUCGCUUAACUACGAAAAAUACUCAACCUCCCAGGCCGACGAGCUGGAGCAGCUGGAACUGCAGAAGAACAUCCGCGACGACGAGGCCGCGCGUGAGCGCGAGAAGGAGGAGGAGCGCGAGGAGCGGCAGAAGCGGCGCGACGAACGCGAGGCGCGGGAGAAGGCCCGCAAGGAGGCACGGGCCGCCCGCAACGCGGUGCAGCAGGGGCCGAAAAUGCCGCUCGUGGAGGAGCCGAACAGCAGCGACAGCGAGUACCAGGCGAUUAUGGCGAGCAAAAAGCGGUUAGACGAGCGCGUGGCCGCGGUCACCGCGGAGCUGGAACAGCUCGGAGGAGACAAAGGAUCUUCGGACAGCGAAGACGGUUCAUCGGAAGAUGAGGAAGGAGCGAAGAAUAGAGACGAAGGCAGUGGCGAGGAAGGGUCUACUGGGAAAAUAAAAUCACCGGGUGGACCACGACGAGAUAAAAACUCGGAGAAAAGCGACAGUGGGGACGAGAAGGAGAGCAGGGUUGGAGCUGUUGAAGAACCUGCUGUUUCGAAAGACGACCGUUCCAGAAGGAAAGGAUCGAAGUCCAAGGACAGUGGCGCAGCAGCAGCUGCUGCCUCGUCCUCCUCCUCCGAUGAAAGCCAAGGGAAGAAGAAAGCGCAAGGCCGGAAGCGCAGAAGCGGUUCUCGCGAAGAUGAAAAGAGCAGGUCAGCAAGUGGAGAUUCUACUGCGGAGAGGAGGCGGAGGAGUAAGUCCAAGAAAGUCGCAGAUAAAACCACGUCGAAACGCCGGGAUGAUGACAGUGACGAUCGCGACGCUCGCAAACGACGCGACAAGGAGCGCAGGGGAGAAGACAGCGAAGACCGUCGGCCGUCGCGUCGAUCACGGGAGCGUGAGGCAGACCGGUCACGGCGAAGGGAGCGCGACGGCGAGAAAAAUCGCAAAACUGCAAAACGGAAAAGGAAUUCGGAGGACAGCAAGAGUAAUUCAAGCGACCACGGGUUGGGCAGCGACUCCUUCUUGUCUUCCCCUGAGAGGAAGCGAUCGCGCUCGCGGCGCAAGGAGAAGAGGGACCGGCGGCGUGGAUCUUCUUCACCCAGGGCAGGAGCGCGCGAUAAGAACGGUAGAAGAAAAGAUAAUGGGAGAGGUAGAAGUAGUAGGCGCGAUGGCGACGGUGAUGUGGGAAAUAAUAAAUCGAAGAAAGACAAGAAUGCUGCGAAGGAUGUUGAGGUUCCAGCGGAGAGCAAGAAGAAGGAUGUUGACACGCGAAAACGAAUCCGGAACCCGGAUUUGCCUUCGGACGAAGAUUUUAUUCCAGGCGAGGGGCAGAAAAACACGAGCACGAUCGAUCCGAAGAAGACCGCGUUGUUCGGGGCGAAAGUGAAGCAGGAGAAGAAGGAGCGCAAGCGACAGCGGGAAGCAGAGAAACGCGAAGCCGAUGCGGACGCCGCAAAGAAGGCGAAGAAGAAGGAGUACACGAAGGAGGAGUUGGAGGAGAUCGCGCUGGAGAACGAACGCCGCGCAAAGCUGGGCAUACAGCCGCUGCGUCUGUGAAUGUUGGAGUGAGGCUUGGAGUGGAAAGGGAGGAAGUGGUGGAGCCACGGGAAGAUUUGGACCACUUGAAGCUCUUUUUUCAAAAAGGAAACUUCAACAUAAGUAGACAAAUUUUAGUCCCUGCUCCAAAUUCUUGUCCUUCUAGCGCGGCCACGCACUCCCCUUUGUGUGUGGUGUCCAAUGUGACAAUCCUGUAUGCUACUUCACUAUGUGAAUUUUGAUGCUUUAUGGGCUUUGGAAAUUUUCACUACCGAAUCAGCCACAACUGAUUUUUUCCACCAGCGACAACGAAAGAACAUGAACCGUAUUCACCAAAAUAGACGUUAUCAACACUACAAGACCAUGAAUAAAUUUGGUUGUCGUGGCUUCCGCAUUUUUUGGCGGACGUGGUUCCUUUGACGGAUCCACUCAAUUUACCGGCUGGGCAUGUGUUCAUAGCAGCGGCCUGUAUGGUCCUCCUCUAUUCAUCGGAAAAA